GCCACAGUAGUAAGGAGAAGCCGAGAGUUUCGAUACAUGUCAUUGAAACUCUAUUAGAAUAGUCCAAAUAGAGAUAUUAUUGACAUAUCUCAAUUCUUCACAUGUGUAGUGAAGGAUUCUAGUAAAUUAUGUAUCGCAAGUUGUUCGUGUUUGUUGUCAUAACUGUCUUCAACUCGCGCGUCAGUACAACGACUAUACGUUGCGAACCACCGGAUUAUUUCUUAUGCAACAACGGAAAAUGCAUUUCGUCUGCCUUCCGCUGCGAUGGAGAAAGCGAAUGCGGUGAUGAAUCUGAUGAAGUGGACUGUAAAGGCUUCCAAGUUGACUUCAAAAUAAAUCGUUGCGCUGUAGAUGAGUUCCAAUGCUCCGAUCAUUCUUGCAUACCGAUAGAAAACUUUUGCGACGCGAGAGCUGAUUGUUCCGAUGGAAGUGACGAGCAUGAUGACUGCGUGAAAAACUUGCAAUGCGAUAGAUUCAAAUGUAAAGAUGGUCAUUGCAUAAGAAACGAAUGGGUUUGCGAUGGUGUUCCAGAUUGUCCAGAUAAAAGUGACGAAGAAAAAUGCGAGAACAGUAUGAUACCAAUCGAUAAAUGUAACAACGAAUACGAUCGAUAUCUGUGCAAUAAUAAAAGAUGCAUUUUUCUAAAUGCAACGUGCAACGAGAAAGAUGACUGUGGUGAUAACUCGGAAGAAAAUGCAGAUGCAUGCAAGAAGGCUGAUGCAGCAUGCAAAGAAGCAAAAUGUCAACAUAACUGCAGAAAAACACCUGUUGGUGCUCAAUGCUCGUGUCGAUCGGGUUACAAGUUGGUGAACAAUCAGACUUGCGAGGACGUGAAUGAGUGCGAUAAUUACGGAACCUGUGAUCAAAAAUGUAUCAACAACGCUGGAUCCUACACUUGUUUGUGUCAGUCUGGUUAUAAUCUGGACGAUGAUAAAAAAACUUGUAAAGUCGAAGGCGGCGAAGCUGAAAUGGUGUUCUCAAUUAAAUCUGAAAUCCAUGGUGUUUAUCUUAGUUCCGAAAUAUAUUAUCCCAUAACACGGAAUUUGCAACAUGCCGUGGCUGUUUCCUUGGACGCGAAUUACAUAUAUUGGUCCGACAUCGAGAAUGGAAAUGAAGCAAUAAUCAAAAGUUCGCUGGAUGGUACACAACGAGAAAUCAUUGUUACAACAGGUUUAAACAAUCCCGAUGAUAUGGCAGUAGAUUGGGUAACAGGCAACAUAUAUUUCACGGACAGUGGUUACAUGCACAUCGGAGUUUGCAGCAAUGAUGGUUCUUAUUGCACUGUUAUAAUAGAAGAACCGAACGAUAAACCGCGAAGUCUUGCUUUAUUGCCAUCCAAUGGUAUAAUGUACUGGUCCAAAUGGGGCGUGAAUUCGUGCAUAUUAAAGGCGGGAAUGGAUGGCAAAAAUAAUACCGUGUUGAUCAACGAAAACUUAGAGUUGCCAAAUAGUUUGGCUAUUGAUUACGCAAAUAACAGAUUAUAUUGGAUAGAUACUAAACUGAAAAUAAUCGAAUCGGCACGACUAGAUGGUACAAAUCGAAGGGUAUAU